AUGGGAUAUCCUCAGACAGACUUCAUCUUCACCUCGUUCCCUCCGGGAUCAUUCUGGGGCAGAAGGCGCGACAUUGUCAGGAAGACCACGUUGAUUUAUCAGUUGCAGGUGUUGAAACACACAGGACGGUACGAUGCAUUCCGUCUGAACUGGCAUCCUAUUUACAGUGAGCCCAUCGGCAUGGCAUGGCCAGUGCCCAGGCAUCUGUUCUGGGACUCCGAUGUUGCCAAGUGGAUCGAGAGUGCCUGCUAUUUCCUUAUGGAGGAGCAGGACGAGACGAUCGAUCAGGCUGUCAAGGAGCUCGUCGAUAUGAUACGCGCUGCGCAGCACGAGGACGGGUAUUUAAAUAUCCAUUUCAGUGUUAUUGAGCCCGAGAAAAGAUGGACGAAUCUGCGCGAUAUGCACGAGUUAUAUAAUGCCGGACACCUGAUCGAAGCUGCGCUGAUUCACCAACAACUUUAUAAAGACAACCGCCUUCUUGGCCCGAUCAUCCAUUAUGUUCACCUCAUUCAUUCGCGCUUUGGAUCAGAGACAGGCAAUAUUCCCGGAUAUCCAGGGCACCCUGAGAUCGAACUCGCACUUCUUCGCCUUUUCGCGCUAACGCAUGAUGGCAAAUCACUCGAAUUGGCGGAAUUCUUUCUCCGCGAGCGUGGAAAUCCGACGGGAUGUGAAGGACGGCCAUUCUACCAAGUCGAGGCUGAGCGCCGAGGCGAACCUCCGUUCCAGCGACCAGCUCAUAUGCCUCACCCGGAUAGCUCCUUCUACAACCAGGCCCAUCUGCCAAUACUGAAGCAGGAUACGGUGGAAGGACACAGUGUCCGCGCGAUGUAUCUCCUAACUGCCGUUGCCGACCUGUCGCGCACAAGUCCCAAAUUUCGUGACGAUGGCUAUCUAGCCCGCACCGUCAAGCUUUGGGAUAACAUGGUAGGCAAGAAGAUGUAUCUCACGGGCGGGAUAGGGGCAAUCGCCCAGUGGGAAGGGUUUGGGAUAGACUACUUCCUGCCUCAGAGUACAGAUGAAGGAGGAUGUUAUGCCGAGACAUGCGCUGCGAUCGGUGUAAUGAUGCUCGCUCAGCGCCUUCUGGAGGUAGACCUGAAUCAUCGAUACAGCGACAUCAUGGAGCUGUGUCUCUAUAAUGCUGUUCUCACGGCGAUGAGUUAUGACGGUAAGAGGUUCACCUACGUGAAUCAACUUGCCAGCUCAGAUGUAUCUCCGUCCAAAAGAGAGGAAUGGUUUGACUGUGCCUGUUGCCCCCCGAAUAUGACCCGAACAUUUGGGAUGCUGGGUGGGUAUCUCUGGAAUCACCAUGUGGCAGGUCAUAACGUCACCGUUGAUGUUCAUCUGUACACUAACGCAGAGCUGAAUCUAUCGGAGGGUGACAGCUCUCUCAGAAUUCGCCAGAGUACUAAAUGGCCCCUUGAUGGCCUUGUCAAAUUCACCGUUGACAAGCCGGAGCAUGUGGAUCUCACCCUCCGCCUGCGUAUUCCGCACUGGGCUGAGGGAUACACGGUAGGGUUUGAACCAAAUUUGGAGAGCCCUAUUGUUGAAAAGGGAUACAUUACCCUCCCAAACAACUGGUUGUCCCAGUCCAAACACUUUACUGUGAAUAUCCAUGGCUUCAUCCCUCGUCUUCUGUCGCCCCAUCCCUUCACCAAUCAAAACACAGUCGCAGUUGCCCGCGGUCCACUGGUCUAUUGUGUCGAAGAUGUAGACAACCCCUGGGUAAAGGAUCACUUCAAAUCCACGGCCAUGCAUACGGGUAGCAAGCUUGUUGAGGAGCGAAAGGUCGACCUUGAAGUUGGCGACGAAUACAUUGCCAUUAGAGCGAUUGCUGCAGGUUCUUUUGUCUCCCUUGAUCCUUGGGACCACUGUGCUGCAAUGCCUACCCCUGCCACAGAAAGUGGUAGUCAAGGACCGCGCCAGGAUCUGGUCUUUGUCCCGUACUAUUAUCGGGCGAAUAGAGCGGGCAGAGGGCAAAUGAGAGUCGGACUGAAGAAGGGAUGCUGA